CCCCCCAACUGUCGAACAGAAGGAAUCUCUUCUAUACACUACCGCGUCCGGUGGAACAUCAUGUCUGCUAUGAGGACAUUGACGGUCGCGGGAUUGUUUCUGGCUUUUUGCGCGUUGGGACUCAUUGCAGUCGCAAUAUGUACUGACAACUGGUACGAGACCGAUGCAAGGAGGCACAGGGAACGUUGUAAGAAUUAUUCCAACAAAAGGAACGACCCUGGAUUCAUCUAUAUCUCCAACCAGAACCUCCCACUCCGUAUGCUACCGAAGGAGAAUAACGUGGAGCGGAAGGGGUCGAGUGGAGGAGUCCUCCUGCGGGCUAAGCGGCACUUCUUGCCCCCUGCCCCGGCCAUGGAGUCCCUCUGCAGUCGGCAGUACAACUCCACCAUCUCCGGGCUGUGGAGGAAAUGUCACCGGGAGGGAUUCGACCUGGAGACAGAGGAUCUCAUCUUUAAAGGUUUAGUUCAGCGCUGCACACCGAUAAAAUACUACUACUAUUAUUUAGCCCUUCCCAGAAAGCUGAGCGUCAAUAUAAUCAAGACUAUUCGUCAGGAUGAGUGGCACGCACUCCACCUGCAGAGAAUGACAACCAGUUUCAUCGGCAUGGCUGUGUCCAUCAUCCUGUUUGGCUGGGUGAUCGGGGCUCUGGGCUGCUGUCAGCAGCAUGACCUGAUGCAGUACGUAGCGGGACUGCUCUUCCUCAUGGGAGGAACAUGCUGUAUCAUCUCUCUGUGUACAUGUGUAGCAGGGAUCAACUUCCAACUGUCCCGUUAUCCUCGGUACAUGUAUGGGAUCCCAGAGGACAUCGGUCACGGAUACGGUUGGUCCAUGUUCUGCGCAUGGGGGGGCCUAGGUCUCACCCUAUUGGCUGGCUUCCUGUGCACGCUGGCUCCUUCCCUCUACCCCCCUGUGCCUCACACUAUGGUAGAGAGGUCGCAACGCAAGCCUCGACAUGAGAACGGCUGUGUGUGACACCAUAGAAAUAGAAUUACUAUUUGACUUCAAUGGGAAUAUCCAUUUUAAGUCAUGGGAAUGUCCAUUUUAGCAAUGGGAAUGUGUGUUCUAGUAAUGGGAAUGUCCAUUCUAGUAAUGGGAAUGUCCAUUCUAGUAAUGGGAAUGUCCAUUCUAGUAAUGGGAAUAUCUAUUCUAGUAAUGGGAAUGUCCGUUCUAGUAAUGGGAAUGUCCGUUCUAGUAAUGGGAAUGUCCGUUCUAGUAAUGGGAAUGUCCAUUCUAGUAAUGGGAAUGUCCAUUCUAGUAAUGGGAAUGUCCAUUCUAGUAAUGGGAAUGUCCAUUCUAGUAAUGGGAAUGUCCAUUCUAGUAAUGUGAAUGUCCAUUCUAGUAAUGGGAAUGUCCAUUCUAGUAAUGGGAAUGUCCAUUCUAGUAAUGGGAAUGUCCAUUCUAGUAAUGGGAAUGUCCAUUCUAGUAAUGGGAAUAUCCAUUCUAGUAAUGGGAAUGUCCAUUCUAGUAAUGGGAAUGUCCAUUCUAGUAAUGGGAAUGUGUGUUCUAGUAAUGGGAAUGUGUGUUCUAGUAAUGGGAAUAUUCGUUCUACUAAUGGGAAUGUCCAUUCUAGUAAUGGGAAUGUCCAUUCUAGUAAUGGGAAUGUCCAUUCUAGUAAUGGGAAUGUCCAUUCUAGUAAUGGGAAUAUCCAUUCUAGUAAUGGGAAUAUCCAUUCUAGUAAUGGGAAUGUCCAUUCUAGUAAUGGGAAUGUCCAUUCUAGUAAUGGGAAUGUCCAUUCUAGUAAUGGGAAUGUCCAUUCUAGUAAUGGGAAUAAUGUCCGUUCUAGUAAUGGGAAUGUCCGUUCUAGUAAUGGGAAUAUCCAUUUGAGAAUGUCUGUUCUAGUAAUUCUAUUUCUAUGUGUGGCACUCUGCCAAACCUUCAACUCCCAGUGACAGGAGUGUGUGACCGUGUCAGUAUCUGCCAGACUUUCCAGUGACAGGACUCUCAUCCCUCCUGAGUCUUGUCUCUUCUCCAUCCUCUGACAGUCAGUCAUCCCUUCCUCUGAAAAAAUAUGUUGAUAUGUGCUGGUCUGACUGGACUGGGGACGUUACCCAGAGACUAAGAAGUAAGAUCUGUCAGACACACAGCAUUGAUUGCACAAAGAAAAGAAACUGACAAAUAUUCUGGCUCUCAAGCUUGAAGGGAAUUUAUUAGGGUCGGAUGAUGACAGAUUACGGAAGAGGAAUUCAAUUCUUCUUCUUUCUUUUCUUCUGUCCUCCUCCUCCUUCCUCCCUAAUCAAAACGGUCAACAGCUACAGAAUUAUAUUUCUGUCCCGUAAUGAAUUGUUUAGUGGAGAAGUUACUCUAGUAAAUAUAUUCCUGUACCUUUGACCUUUUAUGCUGGUUCUACAAAAUUGAAGAAGACAGAAGAACAAUGUUAACACCAACUUUAAGAGUUGAACUUCCACUUCUGCAAUGUUCACUUAAGGGCUCUAUUCUGUCCGGAUCUCUGAAGCGUUACAGAUCUCUGAUGGGUUACAGAUCUCUGAUGGGUUACAGAUCUCUGAAGGGUUACAGAUCGCUGAAGCGUUACAGAUCGCUGAAGCGUUACAGAUGGCUGAAGGGUUACAGAUCUCUGAAGCGUUACAGAUCUCUGAAGGGUUACAGAUGGCUGAAGGGUUACAGAUCUCUAAAGCGUUACAGAUCUCUGAAGGGUUACAGAUGGCUGAAGCGUUACAGAUCUCUGAAGGGUUACAGAUCUCUGAAGCGUUACAGAUCUCUGAAGGGUUACAGAUGGCUGAAGGGUUACAGGUCUCUGAAGCGUUACAGAUCUCUGAAGGGUUACAGAUGGCUGAAGCGUUACAGAUCUCUGAAGCGUUACAGAUCUCUGAAGGGUUACAGAUCUCUGAAGGGUUACAGAUGGCUGAAGGGUUACAGAUCUCUGACGCGUUACAGAUGGCUGAAGGGUUACAGAUGGCUGAAGGGUUACAGAUCGCUGAAGGGUUACAGAUCUCUGAAGGGUUACAGAUCUCUGAAGGGUUACAGAUGGCUGAAGCGUUACAGAUGGCUGAAGAGUUACAGAUUGCGCAAUAGAAAUGUAAAGGUCAUUCCAGAUUGAGCAGACAUAACGCAGUGUUUACCGUGAAUUCAGUAUCCACUAACGCAGGAACAUUACCUUUAAAUUUCAAUCCCGAUGUAACGUUGAACCUCCGCUAUACGUAUUGAAUAGAGCCCUUAGUCUCCCACUGACGUCAAUGCAUGGCCAAGUGAAAAUUUGACAUGUUCCCCCUAGAUAACACUUAAUAAAGUUGAAAAUGAAAAUAAUAUGGACGUGUAUUCUCACAUUUUUGAAGAGCAAACAUGUAGUAUUCCUUUAUGUACCCACUGAAACCAAAAUAAUAUGUAAAUUACAUUUUGAAAAUGUAUGCAGGUUUGCAUUUGUAUGUAUUCAAAGAAAACAUGAGCAUUAAGAUACAAGACUGUAUUUGAUGGGAAAUGUUUUGAUGUUUUUGCUGUUUACUGAUCAUGAUAGCCCGUCCAAUCAAGAUAUUUUUGAAAAAUAAAAUGAUGAUACAAACUGUU